CAUCAUUCCCUGAUCCACUUCCGUGUGAGUAUCUUUCACCGACGACAACUCUACUGCGCGACGAAACACAGAAAAAUCCGUAUGGAAAAUCUGAAAAUGACUGGAAAUUCUACAUUAUAAGAGUGUUAUUAGAGACAAAAUUGGCGUGGACAAGUUAAAGGAGCUAUCAGCCAUCAUGUCGAGCGCUGGAAGCCAAGGACAGAAGCCUGAGUAUUUAGUUGGAGGGGGCAAAUACAAACUUGUACGGAAGAUCGGCAGCGGAUCAUUCGGCGAUAUUUAUUUAGGAAUCAACGUUGGCAAUGGCGAAGAAAUUGCAGUCAAAAUGGAGUCAGCGAAGGCGAGACAUCCACAGCUCAACUAUGAAGGAAAAGUUUAUAGGAUAUUACAGGGUGGUGUUGGUAUACCAAAGAUUAGGUGGUAUGGGUCAGAAAAAGACUACAAUGUAUUAGUGAUGGAGCUUCUAGGGCCUAGCUUGGAGGAUUUAUUCAACUUUUGUGAUCGCCAGUUCUCAAUGAAAACUGUAUUGAUGCUUGCAGAUCAGAUGCUUGGAAGAAUUGAGUAUGUACACAAUAAGAAUUUCAUCCACCGAGACAUCAAGCCCGACAACUUCCUAAUGGGCAUCGGUAGACAUUGCAAUCAGGUUUUCAUCAUCGACUUUGGCCUGGCCAAGAAGUACCGAGAUAGCAGGACAAGACAGCAUAUACCUUACAAGGAUGACAAGAAUCUCACAGGAACCGCCAGAUAUGCCAGCAUCCACGCCCACCAGGGCAUCGAACAAGCGCGGAGAGAUGACCUUGAAUCGCUAGGCUACGUCAUGAUGUACUUCAACAGGAGAAGUCUGCCGUGGCAAGGUCUCAAGGCUGCUACCAAGAAGCAGAAGUAUGAGAAGAUCAGCGAGAAGAAGAUGUCCACAUCACCAGAAACACUGUGCAAGAGUUUCCCUGCUGAAUUUGCAAUGUACCUGAAAUACUGCAAAAACAUGAAGUUUGAGGAAGCGCCGGACUACAUGUACCUGCGGCAGCUAUUCCGCAUCCUGUUCCGCACCCUCAACUACCAGUACGACUACGUCUUUGAUUGGACGUUACUCAAGCAGAAGGCGGCCAAUCAGGCGGCAGCCCUCAACAACCCCAGCAAGGUGUCGGCCAAUCCGGGCGGGACGCUCAACAACCCCAGCAAAGGGUCGGCCAACCAGUUCACCCUCGCGCAGACGCCGCACGACCAAAUGCAACACGCCAACCAUCACUAUCGCCACCUCCAAAGAAUGUCCGAGAGCAAGAAGAGUAAACCGUGAUUAGACGCAACGUGUGCUCUAGCUACUUAAUCCUGAUCAAGAGAGUGAGUGAGAGAGAAAGAGAGUGGUGAGGAGAGAGAGAGAGAGAGAGGCACUUGCUGGGUAAAUGUGUGUUACGGUAUAACUGGAACAGACACAAUUCAUCGCCCCUGCCUGCAUGGUUUAUGAACUCUCUAAGCCUACUGAGACUGAUGUGUACGUACCGUUAACUGACUGGAAAUCAAUGGUGCCAUCUUGUCUCGUGAACUUAAAGGCUAUUCUCCUAUUGUACAUACACCAAAGAUUUUUGGAGGACAUUGGAUGCCAGUCUCGUUUCCUCUUUUGCACGCUCUCACAUUUUCCGUCAUGCUAAUCUUGUAAAUUUAGUUGACAUGUUAUGUAGGCAAUUAUUUCAAUCACUGGUGUGUUUUCGACAUAUUUCCUGCUUCGAGAGUGGAGAGUAUCAAAUCGAAACAUUUGAAGGCUGGUGAAUUGUGUCUGUUCUAAUAAAACUGUGAUAUAUAAAUUCCUAGUUUGUUUCUAACCUGGCAAUUCAGUCAUCGCCACGUUCCUCACAAGGCAAUACACGACACUUUUCACUCUUCAAUUAUCAUCUUCUUUUGCGAUGACCUGGUCUGGAGGUGGAUAUUCUCAAAUAUUGGUCAGGGUUACGCCGUCUGUGUUCAGUAUGUUUCUGCGGCUGGUAGUGGUAGUAGUAGGGUUCGUCGAAAGAUAAUAUUCCACUAAUGUUAACGUGCACUGUCCAAUUUGUACAGAGAGAGAACAGGAGAGGGCCACUGGAGAAAUCAACAAUGUGGUCUUUGG